AUGGCUGAGGAACCUUGCCAUCGCGUGUACGUGCGUGGCUUCGACUUCGGUACCUCUGAGGACGCGCUUCGCGAUCACUUCUCCCAGGCCGGUCCGGUGACUUCCGUGGAGCUCUGGGGCCGAGGUGCUGCUGCCGUCACCUUUGCCACAGCGGAGGCGGCUCAGGCUUCUCUGGCGCUUCACCGUACCACCGUGCCAGGGAACAAGCGCUUCGUCGAGGUGAAGCUGGAUGAUGACCCGUCGGCCGGCAAGCCUGGGUCCAAAGUGCUCGUUCGCGGCUUUGACUUCGGAACGACCGAUGAGCAGUUGAAGGAGCAUUGCUCCAAAGCUGGACAGAUUGCGAAUCUGCAGUGGAUCUCCAAGGGCUCCGCCCUCGUCACCUACAACUCCCCGCAGGAGGCGGAGAAUGCCGCGCAGAUCCUAAACAAGACGACCAUCGAAGGGAACAAACGCUUCAUCGAUGUGAUGCAGAAGGACGACAACUUCGACCCCCGCAGGAUGAUGAUGGGGAUGCCCAUGUUCUGGUAUGCCAACUUCGCUCGUGCGUGGUGGGGCAAGGGCAAGGGAAAGGGCAAGAGCGACAAGAAGGAGGAUCCUCCAGGUUCUGGCCGAGUGUUCGUUCGAGGCUUUGACUUUGGAACCACGGACGAGCAGCUGAUCGCGCACAUGUCCCAAGCAGGCGAAGUUGUCACAGUCCACUGGGUGUCCAAGGGCUCUGCCAUUGUCAUCUACAAGGAAGCGGCGUGUGCAGCCCACGCCGUCGCAACGUUGCAAAAGAGUGUGAUUGGGACGAAUUCCCGCUACAUUGACAUUGUGCUGAAGGAGAGUGAGCUGCUGCUUUUCGGUCUGGCAUGGCAGGCGGCAAGGCCCUCCCAAUGCGGCGAAAGUCAAGCUCUGAACUGGACUGCCGUGCGCGAGGACCUCAUCACCUAUGCCACACUGUCAGAGCCAGUGAUGCGAAGCCGGCGCUGCUUUGGCCUGGACCAAGGUGUUUGGUCCUACUGUGGCAUUGCUGCGAUGCGACUACUGCAGAUGCAGCCAGGUCUCAUCAGCAACUCGCAGGAGCGCAACCUGCAGUUGGCACAGCUGGAGAAUCCAUGCCGAAUUGGGCAGGUUGCUGCCGACAUUUUUUCCUUGAGUUUUCUCACGCCUGGAGAGCGUCACGGGAUGCUGUUCGUCACCGGUGACCGCUUCGACAAGCUCGGCAUGAGCUUUUCGGCGCUGAUGCGCUCGGGUUGGCCUGUCUUCGGGCUGCUGGCUCGUCUUUCGGAGGUCGUCGUUUUUUCCGGCCAGGCUCGGCCUAUAGAUUCGCAAUGUGCCGGGCCGGGGGCCUCUACGCCCUUGCUGCAGCUGCGGGAGGAGCUCUCCCAGCGCGUGGCAGAGCGUAAAGUGGCCACGGAGGCCCUAGCGAGACGCAUCCUGGCGUCCUUGGAGCGCCUCGAACCGAGGGAUCAGUUUCCAGAGCUUUCCCCAGGAUGUGGCAUGGCCGCUGCAGCGGCCUGGGCGGCCAUGGCAGAGGCUGCAUCUCUGCGAGAGGAUACGGCCGCCGAGAAUGCUUGCCUAGCACGGACAGAAGCCUUCGUUCGUGCUGUCUCCACCAACUACACCAUCCUAGACUGGCUCAGCACACAAUGGCCGACAUUCAGGCUGCUGCAUCGCAUGCAGUUCGGCUUGCUCCCCCAGGAAGCAGCUUCAGUUGAGGGAUUUUGGCUGCAAGAAGAUCUCGUCCCAAGGGAUCCCGACACCGGCGGGCAGAUGAAGUUUGCCUUCAACAAGGGCUUCGUCAGGCCGGAUGCGCUGUACAUUGAUGUUGCGGCGGAUAUCGUCGGCACAGACAUGCUCCGCACGCUGCCAGCUUUCUUUGGCAUGCGCGCGGCACGCCCCGGCGAGAGGUGGAACUUGGGGCUUGCGUACACCUCGAACGACUAUGACGACCUUGUUCCGUCCAAGGACCUUUGGCGCCUGAGGGGCACCAGGCAAAAGCUCCUUUUCGUGCCGGACCUCCAAGAGGUCAUCGGGGAGAAGGACCAACAAUGCCGGGCGUACUACGACGCGCUUGGCUCGUGGCAAGUGAGCGAUAGCCUCGGCCGCGAGGUGGGCGGCAUGCCGAAGUGCUUCGACAUGCCUGGUGCUGCAGAAGAGCUGCUUGCCUUUGCAUCGGAGAGCCCGAAGGAGGGCGGAUCGAUGGCUUUUGUUCGCAAGCCUGAAGGUGCAUGGGGCGGCCGAGGGAUUGAGAUCCGCUUUGGCGUGCAUCAUCUCCUUGGUGCUGAUGAUGCGGAGGCUGCUGCUGCUUGCGAAUUCCUGCCGCUGGAGGAUGCACAAUGCCUGGGACUCGACGCUGGUCCGGAGGGAUCCUCAGCUUCUGCGGCUGCUUGUAGCGAGGCCUGCUGCAGCUUGCGGGACGCCUGCGAAGCUUGGAACUGGCGCGAUGACGAGGGCUGUUGGGUCGGUAUCCCGCGCUUCUGCACGGAUUCCAACCCGAUGUAUCUGGGGGGUUGGCAGGGCGGCAAGAGGCCCCGCGGCUCCACGGCGGCUGCACCCAGCGCUUCUGCAAAGCAGAGAGCAGUGGUUCAGCAGUACAUACUGGAUCCUGUGCUUUACCAGUUGGAGGGCAUUUGGCCGCCCAUCACGGUGAAGACGGACAUCCGCAUUUAUGGGACUGUGGUAUCCAUGGACCCCUUCCGCUUCUACAUCAGCGAGUACGGAUACUUUCGCUCCGGAUUUCUGGAGAAGAAUUAUUCGGCCUCGAACAACGAAGAUUUUCAGGACGCGUUAAUGCACGUGACCCACCACAUUCCGAAGAUUGAGGCUGGCACCUACCAGUGCCCCACAGCGCCAAGCUGGGAUCAUCCGCGAGGUGCUGAGCACGACGCUGGCUCGGGAGGCUCUCUUCACAAGUGGUUCAAGAUCGCGGAGGAGCAGAAUGGUCUAGACCCAAAGGUGGUCUGGAAAAACAUCAAGCUUGCCCUCUCCAUUUUCUUGCUUGGCACAAGAGAUAAGCUGGACUGUGCCUCAAAUGCGAUCCGGCACGCCUGCGGCUCGGUGGGCUUCCACUUCUUUGCCGAUUUAGUCGUGGACCGGCGCGGCCGGGCCUACCUCAUGGAGAUCCACCCGACCCUCGCAGUGAAAUCUCCCGGUUUGGGGGACCCGGAGGCUGGCUGGGUCGAGGUCCUCACCCGGUCUACUCGGCAGGGCACACUUGGCAUCUCGCCUGCCAAUCAGUUCCCACACGCGGCUCUUGCCUUGCUUGGACUGCCCCCUACAGUAACCUGCGAACCUCGUGGAGCAUGUGAGAAUGUGAGACGUAAGAUGUCCCCUUUUGCACCAGCAAGGCUCCCUGGCGAUGAGCUUUAUUGGCUGGGCCGAUGCUCCUUAUCGUCGCUGGGUGGAGCCCUGGCACUUAUAAUACAGCCACCAGUGCAGACUCGCUCGCAUCGGCAUGAAAUUGUGUUUUCUCAUUUUUCUCGUUCUUGUUGUUUACCUGUCGGUCUGUCUGUCUGUCUGUCUGUCUGUCUGUCUGCAUCACUGCCAGGCAGCUCGACAGCGCUCGCUAGGGCUCGAGGUAGCAAUCACCACACAGGUCCUUCGAACCUGGGAAUCAACUGUUGUCCCCAUUUUUUCUUCAUGAUAGAGGUCGUUUGCACUGCCUGUGUUUGCGAUUGUCGGGAUGCAGCAGCGGCAGCAGCAGCACGGCAGGCGGAGGCAGAGGCCGAGGCAGAGGCAGUCCCCCUCUCUAUCGCUUGCACCACUACACUGUUCAUCCUCCCCACAUCUGUUUGGAACAAGAGAGCAUAG